UCAGGGUGAGAGUUGACUGGCACAUGUGGUUAGACAUGGCUGCGCCCUGGUGACACUGAGAACCGUGACUGGCGAACAGGAUCAAUAUGUCGCCCGAGAUCGCUGUGGAAGACACGAACCAAGGCCAAAAAGUGUUGAGGGCCACGAUUGUAGAAAUGUUGACUAGGAAGUUUGAAAGGCUUCCUGAUAUUGACAGAAAGCUGUUUUCAUACGGCCCCAUAUAUUUGGCUGGUAAUGCUGGAUUUGCUGGUCUGAUUGCAAAUAGCUUAUAUCGGCGUGCACUCAAUGUCACCCAGGGGCGAUUCACUUCCAGUCUUCCCAUGGCUGUUCUUCCCUUUCUUACAACAGCAGCAUUGUACACUGCGGCCAUCACAAACCCAUUAAUGUUAGGUGACCUGAACUGCCCAACAUGCACCCUUAUCAGAGGUGCAGUGGUGGGAGUGGUUGGUGGUGGCAUAUAUCCUAUUUUGUUGGCCUUACCUGUUAAUGCUGGUCUUGCUGCAAGGUAUAACAGCACACCCAUGCCAGAGAAAGGCAACAUUUUGCGAUUCUGGAUGAACCUGAGCAAACCCAUUGUACGGAAAAUGUAUGCAGUUCUACUGCUGCAAGCUUUAUUUGGAACCUACUUGAGUUCCAAACAAUUCGACAUCUACCUGAAAAUGCUGAGUAUUCCAGAUUCUGAUGGUGAGGAUCUUCAUGAUUAGCAGUUAGCUUUGAUCCUUAUCCACUCCUUGGACCUUGUUUUAUAUUCGUGUUCUUGCGUUUGAUGUCCCCCCCAGAACAUAUGUCAUGAUGAUCAAUAAAUUGUUCACUUGUCCACUA